CUCUCUCUCUCUCUCUCUCUCUCUCUCUCUCUCUCUCUCAGCUUGUGUCGGUGGGAGAAUGGGCAGGAAAUGCUCCCAUUGUGGGAAUAACGGCCACAAUUCAAGGACUUGUAGCAGCAACAGCAGAGUGAUUGGUGUUGGUGUUGGUGGGCUGAGGCUCUUUGGAGUGCAGCUUGACUUGGACUCUCCCAUGAAAAAGAGCUUUAGCAUGGAGUGCUUGUGUUCUUCUUCCUCCUCUUCUUCCCUAAUCUCUCUUGAUCUUAACUCUGACAAAACGCCCAUUGGCUAUCUUUCUGAUGACCUCAUUGCAAGAACCCAAGAGAAGAAGGGUGUCCCAUGGACUGAGGAAGAGCAUAGGACUUUUCUAGCUGGGCUGGAGAAGCUCGGCAAGGGUGAUUGGAGAGGUAUUUCAAGGAACUAUGUAACGACAAGAACUCCGACCCAAGUUGCUAGUCAUGCUCAGAAAUACUUCCUGAGACAGAACAGCCUUAACAAGAAGAAGCGUCGAUCCAGUCUCUUUGACAUGGUCAGUAACAACAAGACGGCGCUUCACAUUGCUAAUUUGAAGUCUGAAGACCCUCCUUUCUCGUGUGAAUUUCCUAUUCAUACUAUAACUCCUUGUCAUGAAAGCACCCCCUUAAUCGAUCUCAAUUCAUCAGAACAAGCAACCAAACUGGGAAACCAAGAAACUAAGCAUCUUCAAUCACCUUCCAAGCUUUAUCCAAUUUCAGUUCGGCCAUUAUACGGUUCACCUGGUUCUUCCUCUCUUGGUUCUGUUUCUCAACCAUUUUCUUCCCCAACUAGACCUCCUCUUCCUCUCGAGCCUAUUGAUCUGGAACUCACCAUUGCAGCCCCGAGGCCAUUCAAUCAAACCAAGCCAUCACCAAGCCCUCUCUUGAUGGGGCCCAUAAGCGUGACUUGAUGACUGAUCAUGUUGAAGACCCGCCAAGCCUGCAAGGAUUUCUCUUCCUGGAAGGAACAUGUAGAAGGAUCGACUGUUCGAUCCUUUAUGAUUUCAAAUCUGUUUACAUAGUAAAAUGUUUCAAACAGGACUAUGCCCAUUUUCAGUCCAAGAACUACAAUCGACACCUACAUAAAUUUGAAAGCAUCACUCAGGAAACUAGUGUAUGUAUGGUUACAAGAAGAACAUCAACGACCUACAUGUUGUGGAUUUUUAGUUUUAAUUCUCUAAUGAGGAAAAUAUGCAUGUUCUUCUUC